GUCCAACAAACAACAACCUCCCAGAAAAAACAUCUCCAAAUUUCUAGGGUUUCCAUUUUCCUCUUCUUACAUCCCCAAAUCUCACCUUCAUCGUCUUCAAUUCUUAGGGUUUCUAAAAACAGAAAAAUGGAUCCUCAAAAUCAAUUACUCGAUGAGAAUUGGGAAUGGAAUAGUCUAUUAGAUUUCAAUGUUGAUGAUUCGUUAAACAUUUCUUGGAGUAACGAAUUCAAUCAAAUUGAUCCAUCACCACCACCAGAAGAAUCAAAUUCUCAUCAUAAUAAUCAAACUGGACAUGGUUCAGAUGAAUCGGAUAAUAACAGAGUACGGAAAAGAGAUCCAAGAUUGACAUGUGAGAAUUUCUUAGCUGGUAUAAUACCAUGUUCAUGUCCUGAAGUCGAUGAGAAGUUGUUACUGGAAGAAGAAGAAAAACAAGCUAUGAAGAAAAGAUCAAGAACUUCAACUGCAUCGUCAACGAUUUGUUGUCAAGUACCUGGUUGUGAAGUUGAUAUUAGUGAAUUGAAAGGUUAUCAUAGAAGACACAGGGUUUGUUUAAGUUGUGCUAAUGCUAGUUCGGUAUUUCUUGAUGGUGAAACUAAACGAUAUUGUCAACAGUGUGGCAAGUUUCACAUCUUGCCAGAUUUUGAUGAAGGAAAACGAAGCUGUAGAAGAAAGCUAGAGCGCCACAAUAAGAGGCGGAGAAGAAAAGCUGAUUCUAAAAGUGUUGGUGGAAAGGAAAGUCAGGAGGGUGUGAUUGCUGAUGAUCUUGCUGGUGAGGGUGAGGCAGGGAAAGAUAGUAUACCAGUGAGCAGCCAUACAGUAGAGGAGGCAGUGCCGGAGUCUGAAGAUGGACGUGUAUCUCCUCUUAGCUCAAUUCCCAGCUCUCAAUCUCAAGAUAUCCGUAGUGCGGCUUCUGGUGAAACUCGGAAGGAACCGAGGAAAGAUAAUUCCACAGUGACUCUUUCCUCAUCUUUUGGUGACGAUAAGAGUGCAUAUUCAUCUGUGUGUCCGACAGGUCGAAUAUCAUUCAAGCUUUAUGACUGGAACCCUGCAGAAUUCCCAAGACGACUUCGCCACCAAAUAUUCCAAUGGUUGGCCAGCAUGCCAGUUGAGUUGGAGGGAUAUAUCCGUCCAGGAUGUACCAUCUUGACUAUAUUUAUUGCGAUGCCACGAUAUAUGUGGGAGAAGGUAGCUGAAGAUGCUGGUUCCUACAUACAUAGGCUUGUUGGUGCACCUGAUUGUCUGUUGCAUGGAAGAGGCACCAUAACUGUUUACUUAAAUGAUAUGAUUUUUAGAGUUCUUAAAGGUGGAACUUCACUGAAAAAUGUGAUGGUGGAAAUGCAGGCUCCCAGACUUCAUUACGUUCAUCCUACUUGUUUUGAGGCUGGUAAACCAGUGGAGUUUGUUGUUUGUGGAAGCAAUCUGCUCCAGCCUAAGUUUCGGUUUCUUAUAUCUUUUGGUGGAAAAUAUCUCCCAUGUACUUACUGUUUUGCCAUUUCUAAUGGAAAGACUGCAUCCUGCCAUGGUAAUGAAGUGAAGAAACCUUGUAGUGACCAUCAGAUAUACAAGAUACGUAUCCCUAAGACUGAUGCUGAGGUUUUUGGCCCUGCAUUUAUUGAGGUUGAAAAUGAGUUUGGGUUAUCCAAUUUCAUUCCUAUACUCUUUGGAGACAGACAAACUUGUUCUGGAAUGAAAAUGGUGCAAAAGAAUCUUGAUGAAACCCUCUAUUCAAAGAGAAGCCAAUUUGGCGUUCUUGAUGCUGUUUCUGGGUCAUGCAAGGUCUUUGGAUCGAGGCAAAAAGUAAUGUCUGAACUUAUCUUAGAUAUUGCCUGGUUACUCAAGGAGCCUAAUUUGGAAGAAGACAAGCUUUUAAGUUCUUCGAAAGUUCAAAGACUGAAUCGCCUACUAAGCUUCCUAAUAGGGAAUGACUCCAUUGAUCUCUUGGAGAAAAUAUUGCAGUCAUUGGAGGAUGUGAUGGAUGCCCAGAAGCUAUUCAAUCCAGUUAAUAUAAGCGAUGCUGAUCUAAAUUUGUUCCAAAAAUAUAUAAUUCAAGCAAGAGAAUCAGUUCAUAAGAGAAUCCAAAGUGGCGGGGAAGUAGUGCAGUGUAAUCAAAGCUCCCUUUCUGAAGGAUACUGUUUUUCUCAAAACCGUAGUGAAAACGGCAGGCUCUAUUUCACUCCAAGCAACAUUGUGGACAUGGAGAUGGCUAUGGAGAAGAAUUUAGGAUCAGUAAGAAACUCAGUAACUAUUCCACUUUUGAAUGGAGAUAUAACUAGGGACAACACCCAUUAUCAACCUCAGACAGAAAAGAGUUGCAGCCGUAUUUUCUCAAAAGCUGUUAUGAGCCCCCGCCCCUUGGUCUUAAUAGUAGCUGUUGCUGCACUAUGUUCUGGAGUUUGUGCCAUCCUGUUCCAUCCUAACACAGUUGGCGAAUUAGCAGUUUCUAUACGACGAAGCUUAUUUGGUUACUCCAAAUCUUGAACUGAUAAAUCAGAGAGCAAGAGAGUUAUUUGAUUGAUCCAGUAAAAUUGGAUUAGAAUGAUGCCCACAACUCCAAGUUUGGUUUUGGGUGGUCCAUCCUCAACGGAGUGCUCAUUCAAAUCUUUGAGAGCUGCUCCAACCUAUCACCAGUCAGUCACCACUGGCAGCAAAAGUUGUAUAGAAAAUUUUGGUGGAAUUGGUUGGAGAGGAAGACUGAGAUCUUCGUUUAUUUUUGGCAUUGCAAGUGGGUCUCAGAGGUAUAAAGAUAAGUGUAUAACUGUAAUAACAAGAAGGAAAUAUAAUUUUGACCAACAGUACGGGUAACAUGUGUAUGUACAUGAUAUCAAAUAUUAUUUUCCUCCUAACAUUUUCCUCAACAUGUUUGUAUAGUGUACUUGGUCACUUUCUAUUAAUGGCUAUGAUCGAGAAAAGUUUAAGUGAA